GGGGAAGGCCUGGGAUGGCUCUGUUAGUGGAGAAAGGUGGCUAGAAAGUUAAAGUGUGCCACCGCCUGCAGGAGCUGGAGUCCAGAGUGCUGCCGUCCAGGGAGCAGACUUCUAGCCUGCUCGUCUAGCCCUGUGAUGGCUGUGGACAUAGAGUACAGCUACAGCAGCAUGGCCCCUUCUCUGCGCAGGGAGCGCUUCACCUUCAAGAUUUCCCCAAAGCUGAACAAGCCGCUGAGACCUUGUAUUCAGCUGGGCAGCAAGGAUGAAGCCAGUGGAAUGGUGGCACCAACUGUGCAGGAGAAGAAGGUGAAGAAACGGGUGUCCUUCGCUGACAAUCAGGGGCUGGCCCUGACAAUGGUCAAAGUGUUCUCCGAAUUUGAUGACCCAUUAGAUAUUCCGUUUAACAUCACCGAGCUGCUAGACAACAUCGUGAGUCUGACGACAGCAGAAAGCGACAGCUUUGUUUUGGAUUUCCCACAGCCUUCUGCUGAUUACUUAGACUUCAGAAAUCAACUUCAGACCAACCAUGUCUGCCUUGAAAAUUGUGUGCUCAAGGACAAAGCCGUCGCAGGCACUGUGAAGGUCCAAAAUCUGGCAUUCGAGAAGGUUGUGAAGAUCAGAAUGACAUUUGACACCUGGAAAAGCUUCACAGAUUUCCCUUGUCAGUAUGUGAAGGACACUUAUGCUGGUUCAGACAGGGACACAUUCUCCUUUGACAUCAGCCUACCUGAGAAAAUUCAGUCUUAUGAAAGAAUAGAGUUUGCCGUGUGCUAUGAGUGUAAUGGCCAGGAGUACUGGGACAGCAACAAAGGCAAAAACUACAGGAUCAUCCGGGCUGAACUCCGAUCCACUCAGGGAAUGAUUGAGCCAUACAAUGGACCAGAUUUUGGAAUAUCCUUUGACCAGUUUGGAAGUCCUCGGUGUUCCUAUGGCCUGUUUCCAGAGUGGCCUAGUUACCUGGGAUAUGAAAAGCUGGGUCCCUACUACUAAUGACUGCAGUUGGCAGUCUGACUCUGAUCAAGAUGGAGCAGAGAAGGCAAGACAAGAGUGAAGUUGAACUGCCAUUUGGCAUGGUUUUUGAAAAGCAAAGAUCCUGUUCACCUUUUCAUAAACCAGCAAGUCCAGCACGUUUGCAUCACAGCCUGUUUCUUGCUCAGAGAAGAGCAGGUGUGCUGGUCCUCUGUGGCAUCCGGGUUGGCUACAGAGGAAUGCACAGGAAGGUGCCAGGAUGGUCUGGAGAGGAGCCAAGCUGGCAAGAACGGAGGAAGCUGGCCUCUCCUCCACCCUUGGAUAUGGAAAGUCAGUCACCCAGAAGCCAGCCUUCUCCAGCCUUACCACUGACCUCUGGGUCCUGUACCACCUACACUUUUCCGCGUGUUGCCUUCAUCCCACACGUCCUGGGAGCCACCUUUGUCUCAGCUCCAUGAAACACUGGCCUGCUACCCUGAAGCUUCAGAAGAGUGAUGGAGGCAGCCCCUCUCUACACAAGCCCAUGCUCUACAUUUAUUCUCCCACACAGCCCAUCCAAUAAUUCAGACGAGAUUAAGCAAAUAAGUAGUUUGGGCUGAUACAGGCAUUCCUCUCCACUCCUCCUAACCCCUCCUUUAUAUUCCAACAGAGAGCAACGCGACAGUUACUAGAAAGUCAUUGAUCUCCAUGGAGUCAUGGGCCACAACAUUUUGACAAGGUGGAACAAUCCUAAGUUUUAGCUUUUCCUCUUGGCUUUGGGGGUGGGUGCUUACUAAGCACUCAUUUUCACCCCACAAACUACCAGAAGACUCAAUGACUAGAUCUGUCUUCACUUGCCUGGCUGGUGUGUGAGCUGCUUUGGUUAUGGGAGAACCAUAGCUCUCCCUCUCUUCAGUGCUGCAUCUCAGACUUCCAAAUGGCAUCGCUGGCAUAUCCUGGAAGUCUCCAGAAAAUACUUAGCUUUCUUUGCAGUAUACAGUCAUAUUCCAGAUGCUUCCCAAGCAUCCAAGGACAUUGAUUGGGAACUUUUAUUUAUGGUGUGUAUUGUAGGAGAGGAGAGGACCUCACUGGGUUUUACUUAUACUUUAAAUGUUUGUCAACUCUGAGGACUCAGAGAUGAAUUCUUUUCUUAACCAUAUUGGACUGCAGUGCAUUAUCAAGUAGUAAUUUAGACUCCUGGAACAAGGUUUCUGUUGGAGGGACCCCCACAACCUGUGAUUUUCUCUUGGGCAAAUUAAAAUUAUAGGGGAGUUUGAAAACUA